GAUCUGCUUCUUACCCUGAACCUCAUAUAGAGAUCUGCUUCCUACCCGGAACCUCAUAUAGGGAUCUGCUUAUUACCCUGAACCUGCACUAUGCAGGGACUUGGGAGAGACACACAGAACAGGGACUCCCCAAAGAGGGAGAAGGAUCUGAGGGGCUCAGCAAUACUGCACCAGCAGAGACGCCUCAAACAAGCCACGCAGUUUGUGCACAAAGACUCUGCGGAUCUUCUGCCACUGGACCAGCUGCGGAGACUGGGGACCAGUAAAGACCUGCAGCCACACAGUGUGAUCCAGAGACGGCUCAUGGGGGGCAGCCUGAGCAUCGAAAGCGAUAACCCUGUAUUUCCAACUUCCCCGUGCAACAGGGGGAGAGACGCACCCCCCCAGGGUGAUGAGACGAUACAGCCAACUAAGUUGGGUGAGGAGCCCCCCGGUGGCUGGAAGGAACAAGCUCUACUCAUACCCUGCAAGGUUUGUGGCCAUGACGCAAAGGCCAAGCUAUGCACGGAACAUCAACAGAACCUCAUCUCCCGGAGCUGCACGGAAAGGCUGGGAAUGGGGCUCUCUGAGCAGAAUGGACAGAAGACGCUUCCGAAGGAGCUCAGAGUAGACAUUGAACUGGGACCAGAGAGACUGACGGGUGAAGCAGUGAUCGUGGACGAUGACCUGACAGAGAUCUGUCUUGGCCUCAGGACAUUGGUGUCUCUUAAGUGCUGCAUUGAUCUGGAACGAGGUGUCCUCAAAACACCACACCAGGAAAUCCCAUUCCUAAACCCCAUUGAUGCCAAGCGCAACCCGGAGGAACCCCAAGCAGCGAUGGAUCAGUGGCCACCAGAAGGUACCAGGGGGCCAUGAUCUGCUACAUGCUGUGGGUAACUCCAUACCCAUACAACUGCCGCCUUUACUAAAGCACAAUCAGCUUCCAAUGACUACCUACCCGGAACCCUAAUGCUUACACUGCAGAACUACUUGCCGCUGGACUGGAAAUGAGAUGGGAGCCUCCUUGCAUGGCACCUUGAUUCUAGGAACCGGAGACAAUGGCAAUUGUUGUCAUAUCGCUCUGCAUCUUCUUUCUCUGAAAAACUCAUAUUCAAGUUCUGGACUUGGUGACGGAACUUUGUUGGGUUUCUGUGUUUGUAUUCCAGUCCAGACCUGCACUAGCCUGUCCAAUAUCAUUCUCAAACCAAGUUGCCUCUCUGUUUGCUGCUAUAACUGCCCCCACUCCUCUGGGAAGGUUCCCACUAGAUUAGUGAUCCCCAACCAGUGGCUCUGGGGCAACAAGUUGCUCCCCAACCCCUUGGAUGUUGCUCUCAUUGCCCCCAAACCAGGGAGUUAUUUUUGAAUUCCUGACUUGGGGGCAAGUUUUGGUUGAAUAAAAACAAGAUUUCCUACCAAAUAAAGCCCCCUGUAAGCUGAUAGGGUGCAUAGAGGCCCCUAAUAGCCAAUCACAGCCCUUAUUUGGCUCCUCCAUGAACUUUUAUGGUGCUUGUGUUGCUCCCCAAGUCUUUUUACAUUUGGCUCAUGAGUAAGAAAGGUUGGGGACACCUGGUCUAGAUGAUGGAACAUUGUUGCUGCAAGUUGCAUUGGUUCACUCUCAAGGUUCUAGGUUUGGUUGUGUUAAGGGCAGUCAGGUCUUCUCCCAUUCCCAUCUCAGCAAAACCUGGACCUGGUUUUAAACAUGGAGGCAUUAUUGUGCUGAAACAGAAAAAAAAAAUAACUCCCCCAAACUGUCAUAAAAUACUACAGAACCCUAGAGAGAACCCAACUGGGCCCAGUACCCAGCUGGUGUUUCCUAUAUAGCAGGGAUCCCCAACCUUUUACACCCCUGAGCAACAUUCAAAUGUUGGGGAGCAACACAAGCAUGGAUAAAGU